AUGGACUGGGCCUUCGACUACACCCUGCAAGCGGCAGGACUUCCCGUCACGCCAGACCUGCACGACACGCCCCUGCUGACGGGGCUAGGCAACCUGGCGCUGCGUGCUGCGGCACCUGACGCUCAACGGGCUGUCGGGCUCAGCGACAUCGCCAGCGCCGGCGGGCACCGAAGCGGCGAGGGCGUAGCUGCGGCGGCUGGGGUGCUGUGGGACAGCAUCAUGCACCGGCUGGUGGUGGAGAGCACCGAUGACGAGCGCAUCGCCGUGGUCCAGGCGCUCUGCAAUAUUCAGUGCUCGAACUACGGCAGCCUGGCCGUGUACCUGCUCAACGGCGUGUCCAUGUCGGCCGCCCUCGGGCGCAUCGGCAUCUGGCUGAAUCUGGUUGAGCUCCACGCACUGACGUAUGAGCUGAAAAUCAUGAACUUCGGCCUUCUUGUGCGAACGAUUGUUCGCAAGCACCGGCAGGUGGCAAAUUGGUAA